UAUUUAAUUAAUUUAAUUUCAAAUUAGCACUCUCUCUCUCUCUCUCUUCUCUCUCUCUCUCGCUUUUACUGGGUUUUGAAGUGUUUGGCUGUUGCUUCCGGGGAGCGACACCGUUUCGGCGCCCGCAGAAGCAUUGGCUGGCUGGCACCUUUUGCGUGCCUGCUCUUUGGUUGGACCUUCGGUUAUGUGUUUGACAUAGAAAAGUGUGAAUCUGUUUUUUUUAUAUAACUUUUUGGCAUUCCUUUCUUUAUUCUCAGACUUUUCUUUCUUGUGCUUCUUUCUUCCUUUCUCUUUUAGAAAUUGGAAAGCGAAGAACCAAAACUUGUCUCUUCAACUUAUUCUUCUUCUUCUGUUCCUUUCCUUGCUUGCAACAACAAUGAUCAACCUUUUCAAUCCUGCCUCCGCACUGCCAGAUCCAAAGAACAGAUCUUUCUAUUGCAGUCUCUUCAUUGUAGCUUCAUUGAUCUGUGGUGCUUACUUCAUUGGUGGUGCAUCCAUUGCUAAGGAGUAUAAGGAGAGAUUAACAAGAUGGAAAGUGAUCUACACUAGGCAGAACACAAAGUUUGAUACAUGCAAGAACCGUUGCCAGCCUUUGGGGAGUGAGGCACUACCAGAAGGAAUUGUUGCCAAAACGUCGGACUUGGAAGUGCGGCCUUUAUGGGGCUCGUCUGUGAAUAAUGAAAACUCAAAACCUUCUAUGAGCUUGCUGGCAAUUGCAGUUGGAAUAAAGCAGAAAGAAAUAGUAGACAGAAUUGUUAAAAAGUUUCUAUCAAGUGAUUUUGUUGUAAUGCUUUUUCAUUAUGAUGGUGCUGUGGAUAAAUGGAGAGAUUUAAAUUGGAGUGAUCGUGCCAUACACGUGUCUGUGAUGAAUCAAACUAAAUGGUGGUUCGCCAAGCGUUUCUUGCAUCCAGAUAUAGUUUCCGAGUAUGAAUAUAUUUUUCUUUGGGAUGAGGACCUUGGAGUUGAAAAUUUUGACCCGAAACGAUAUCUAUCCAUUGUUCGGGAAGAGGGACUUGAAAUAUCACAGCCAGCACUUGAUCCUGACAAGUCAGAUGUGUAUCAUCCAAUUACUGCACGUGUGAAGAAAUUAAAAGUGCACAGAAGGUUUUAUAAGUUUAAAGGCAGUGGAAGGUGUGACAACCACAGCUCUGCUCCUCCGUGUGCAGGUUGGGUGGAAAUGAUGGCACCUGUAUUUUCAAAAGCUGCUUGGCAAUGUGUAUGGUACAUGAUCCAGAAUGACUUGAUCCAUGCAUGGGGCCUGGACGUGCAGCUUGGUUAUUGUGCACAAGGAGAUCGAACAAAAAAUGUUGGUGUGGUUGACUCUGAAUAUAUAGUUCAUCUUGGUCUUCCUACACUUGGUGUCUCAGAUGGAAAUAAGGCACCAUCUGCCUCUGAUAAAGUCAAUGACAGAGCUAAAGUUAGGAUGCAGUCCUUUAUUGAUAUGCAGAUCUUUAAAGAAAGAUGGAGUAAUGCAGUAAAGGAGGAUAAAUGUUGGGUUGACCCAUUUCAACUAUCAGCAAACUGAAGUAUCCAUCGUCUAUUUACAGGACAUCCAUCACGCAAAAUGCAUGGUUGGUGGCCCUUCUUAUACACAGACAACAGAAAUCAGACUCACAUCACUGUGCAUACAAUUACCGCGUGAGACAAUAUAUCGCAAACGACAUAUAGAAUUUUCUGGUGAUGCAGAUUCGUUUCAAACAGCUGACGACAACUAUUUGAAGACUGACAUGGAAGUUGUGAUAUGAAAUUCACUCACCAAUUUUGUUGAAUAGCUGGUGCCUGGUGACACAACGUAUUGUUGUAUUCCAGGCAGGAAUGGUCUGUCCAGCUUAUUUUGUUGUGAUUGUAUCAUCAAUUCGUUGUAAAUCGCAUCAUAUGAAGGCUCUUUUGUUGAUAAAGGUUGUACAUUUUUGUUUUCUUUAGGGAAUUCAGUGUUUGUUGAGAUGCAAUUGUGUGUAAAGCUCUUUGUUUGCAGUUUAUUAAAGCGAACAGAUAAGUUUGUGGAAA